GCAUCUUCACCCCGCGGGAGCCGCCCGAGUUCGCCGCAGCCAGCGUCGCCUCAGUCCCGCAGUCCGACGGGCGGAGGCUCUGGUCGCGCUCCCCCGCCGCCGCGGCCAUGGCUCAGGCGGCCGUCCUCGGCGGCGAGAUCACCCAGGUGCUGUGCGCGGCCGGGGGCGCCUUGGAGCUGCCCGAGCUCCGGCGCCGCUUGCCGGCGGGCGUGGGCCCCGAGGCGCUGGAGCGGCUGCUGCGGGAGCGCGGGCGCUUCGUGGUGGCGGCGCGGGCGGACGCGGGCGGCGCGGCGGCGGCUCCCAAGCGCGUGGUGCUGGCCGCCUCGGCGCUGCGCCUGUGCCGCGCGCACCAGGGCCCCAAGCCCGGCUGCGCCGGGCUCUGCGCGCAGCUGCACCUCUGCAAGUUCAUGCUCUAUGGCGCCUGCAAGUUUCUGAGGGCCGGGAAGAACUGUAGGAACAGCCACAGCUUGACGACCGAUCACAACUUAAGUGUGCUGAAAACUCAUGGUGUUGACCACCUCAGCUAUAGAGAGCUGUGCCAACUUUUGUUUCAGAACGAUCCCUGGCUUUUGCCAGAAAUCUGUCAACAUUACAACAAAGGAGAUGGACCCUACGGCUCUUGUUCCUUUCAAAAGCAAUGCAUCAAACUCCAUAUCUGCCAGUAUUUUUUACAGGGGGAAUGCAAGUUUGGCACUAGCUGUAAGAGAUCCCAUGAUUUCUCUAAUUCUGAGAAUCAGGAAAAAUUGGAGAAGUUAAGCAUGAGCUCAGACCUGGUGAGCAAGCUGCCUUCCAUUUACAGAAAUGCAUAUGACAUCAAGAAUGAGAACUCUGCCCCCAGCAGAGUGCACCCUCCUCCUCUAGCCCCACAGGGGACUUCCGAAAGAAGAGCCAGUUCAGGCCCUGUGUCCCCAAACACUCUUAGUCAAGAGGAGAGUGAUCAGAUCUGCUUGUACCAUAUCCGGAAAAGUUGUAGCUUUCAAGAUAAGUGCUAUAGAGUUCAUUUCCAUUUGCCGUAUCGAUGGCAGGUUUUGGAUGGAAGCAAGUGGAAGGAUUUGGACAAAAUGGAGCUUAUUGAAGAGGCAUAUUGUAAUCCCCAUAAAAAGAGCAUCCUGUGCGCUGUGUCAGCCAGUAAUUUUCACUUUGGUUCUCUGAACUUUGGCUCCAUGAUGUUUGGUGCUGCCCAGGCUCGUCGCCUCUCCACAGCCUCCUCGGUCACCAGACCUCCACACUUCAUUCUCACCACUGACUGGCUUUGGUACUGGGCCGAUGAGUUUGGUUUUUGGCAGGAAUAUGGAAAACAAGGCACUACACACCCUGUGACCACCGUCAGCAGUAGCGAUGUGGAGAAGGCCUACCUGGCAUACUGCGCACCAGGGUCUGAUGCCCACGUGGCCACCCUGAAGUUCCAAGCCGGAAAGCACAACUACGAGUUAGACUUCAAAGCCUUAGUUCAGAAGAACCUGACCUAUGGCACAAUCAGAGAAGUUUGCCGCAGACCCAAAUACGUUUCUCCCCAGGAUGUGAUGGCCAUGCAAAACUGCAAAGCCAACUUUCAAGGCCCAAAGAACAUCCCAGACUAUUGGGACUCCUCAGCCUUGCCAGACCCAGGCUUUAAGAAGAUCACCCUCAGUUCUUCCUCGGAGGAGUAUCAGAAGGUCUGGAACCUCUUUAACCGCACGCUGCCUUUCUACUUUGUUCAGAAGAUUGAGCGAGUCCAGAACCUGGCCCUCUGGGAAGUCUACCAGUGGCAAAAAGGGCAAAUGCAGAAACAAAAUGGAGGAAAGGCGGUGGAUGAGAGGCAACUGUUCCACGGCACCAGCAGCAGUUUCGUGGAUGCCAUCUGCCAGCAGAACUUUGACUGGCGGGUCUGUGGUCUUCAUGGCACUUCCUAUGGCAAGGGGAGCUACUUUGCCCGCGACGCUGCGUAUUCGCACCACUACUGCCAGUCUGACACGCAGUCCCACACGAUGUUCCUGGCCCGGGUGCUGGUGGGCGAGUUUGUCAGGGGCAGCACCUGCUUUGUCCGCCCCCCGGCCAAGGAAGGCCAGAGCAACACUUUCUACGACAGCUGCGUGAACAGCGUGUCCGACCCCUCCAUCUUCGUGGUCUUUGAGAAGCACCAGGUCUACCCUGAGUACCUCAUCCAGUACUCUGCCUCCUCGUCCAAGCCUGCCACCGCCACCACCACUGCCACCACCACUGCCACCGCCACCGCCAUGCCCUCCAUCCUGUUCUUGGGCUCCUUGUUUGGCAGGCGGCAGUGAGCCAAGCACCAGGGUGUUCUGAGGCCUCUCAGGCUGAUCUUCCUGGAAAGAGCUGUUUGGGAUUUAUUUUUAUUUUUUAUUUUUACAAAAUAACUUUUAAUGAACUGUUUGAUUCAUGUUGUCUUCUGAGUGAAGUUACAUUCUGAAUCUCUUGCUGAUUAUGGUUUUCACUUUUAAGUCACUUUUGGGCUCACUAAUGGGCUAACCAGUAGUGAUUGUAGGUACGCCCAUUAUUGCUUUUUAAUGGUGUGUUAAAGUUGUAUUUUUUACUCUCUUUGUUGACGUUGCUGCUUAUUGGUACCAGGCACAGAGUUUCUAGACACAAUUUUAUGGCUUUGUAUUAAUUUUUAAGAGUUUCUGUCUCUACCGUGAAUCAGUUUUUCAGGGCCUCAUGGCAUCUGCUUUACUUUCUGUCAGAACGACACAGUAGCCGCUGCUGGAGGAGAGCCCAGAUGGGCCCAGGGCAGCACAGUCACUUUGUUGUUGCUAUGGCACUGACCAGGCAGCUCUGCUCUGUUGCUCCUGGGCUCUGGCAUUAGCUGACCUAUAUCACAUUGUCAGAACAAGUGUGCUACUGUGUGGCAUCAUCGAGUUUCUGCUGGUCUCCCCUUGUUUGGUGGGAGUCAGCCAUCACUCAGAGGAAAUCACUCAUCUACCUUGGCAGGUAACUUGGAUGAGUGACUCCCCCUGAGGAUCCCUGGGCUUGGCCUGUGAGUGCCCAUACCUGCAUCUCCCAGGCACACUGGACACCCUUCAAGUGUGCAUUUUAAUGUCUGUGUGAAAUUGACUACCUAUGCUGCAAAUGUCACAAGA